CAGGAAAGAAGGGGCUGAUCAAAAUUAGGAGCCUUCGUCACGUAAUAGAAGUCUCUGCUGUAAAACGUCGUCUAUUUUGGGCGACACGCCUUCAAGAGGGAACGGGGUUAGGGUUAGGUUAACUUCCUCAUCUUCGGAUUGUUUCGACGUUCGAUCUUCUCUGCUUCCUGCCGCCCUGAUCAGAAAAUAUAGAUCGGAUUUGUUUAGAACCAUGGAAUUCAAUGAAGGUGACAUCGUUGAGGUGUGGAGGAAAGACGAGUUGGCAUUUGGCUCUUGGUGGUCUGCAAAGAUCAUUUCAACAUAUGGUCAUACAUGCUGUGUCAGAUAUGAGCAACUGGUUAAUAGCGAUGGGAAUAGGAUUGUGAAUGCUGUAGACGUUGAGGAUCUGAGGCCAUUGCAGGCUCCUUGUCUUGGGGGUGGAGGGAGUUUGAUGGCUGGAUAUAUGGUGGAAGUGUCUGAUGGUCUUUGUUGGCGAGUAGUGGAAAUUAUCAACGUGCUUUCAAGAGAGUGGUUUCUUGUUAGAUUUGGAAGCUCAGGUGAAGGCACAAAAAUCCAUAAAUCAAAAAUCCGGAUUCCACAGAUGUGGAAUGACAGAAAAUGGUCUUCUUUGGGGAAGGAUGGCAGCAUGAAAUAUUCAGACGGAAGAAGGAUGCAUAUUGAUGAAAAAUAUGUUAUGGGAUUCAAAACUCACUCAAGAAAAGGAUCUAUAAGUCAAGAAUGUGUCGGCGAUAAUUUUGCUGGGGAUAUCAUUAACCCACCCUCUAAGAAGUCAAAAAGAGUUCGAGGUUCUGUUCCUGAGCCUUGGCAUGAUAAGGCAAAUGGCCAUGCCUUGCAUAAAAGGAAGAUGAGAAGAACUGAAAGGGUGGGAUCAUGCAAAGGGCCUGUCCCAAAUAUGUUGCCUCCACUGCCUAAAAAGGUAGAUGCUGUUUCUUUUGUGGAAACACAUGUGGUUGAAAAACAUUUGCAUACUUCCCUUAAUGGACAAACACCCGGUUCUUACAUAAUAAAUGUAGCAAGGGAAGACUUGAAUGGUUAUUCUCCUUCCUCUUUUGCUGAACCUGUGAAUGCUUCUGAAGAGAGUAGGUGUUCCUCUGUUGCUAGCUGUAGCAGUGAUAAUUUACUAUGUCGUGCCUACAAUAGAUCGAGAAUGGGCAUUAGAAAAUCUGUAGAAAGUGACGAUGAAAAUGAUGCUACAUCUACUUGUGAGUCCCAUACUGGGAAAAAAUAUUUGGGUGCUUCUAAGAAAGAACUAGCAGUAAACGUUCAUGAGUUAGAGCUGGGUGCAUAUUGUUCUACAUUGCGGGCAUUUUAUGCUUCUGGUCCCUUGAAUUGGGAUCAGGAAGCUAUCCUGACAGAUCUUCGCCUCUCCCUUAACAUUUCAAAUGAUGAACAUUUGUCUCAGCUCAGAAACAUUUUAACUUCUCAUUGUUGACUAGAUGAUGGCUAGGGGUUGAGCAUCAAUUUUGCUUGUAAAUUCUUUCCUUGCAAUGGUGGAAAGUGCCAUUGCAGCGAUGAUGUAAAAAGAAAAGGAAAAACUAGUGCUUGUGCUCUUCAAUAAAAUUGUUCUCUAGUAUCAUUUCAAAAGUUUAUGUUCUCUAUUUACUAUUCUUUUUUCUGGGUUUUGUUCUUUCAUUAUGUGACAUUAUAUUUCUCUAUUGUCUUGUGCCUCUCGUUCUUUCAUCGCGUCUUUAAGCCUUCCUCAAUUAUUACAUGGUGCUGAUUGCACUAAUGUGAAUGAAUAUGAAAAGAUUUGGUCUGUUUUACUUCUAUUCAGGACCCAUGUAAUAUAUUUCAAAUCAAAGGGGUUAUUUGUGUUGUUAACAUUUACAUCUGAACUAUUUGCAUUAAGGUUUUGGUAAUCGGUCAGCUUAAACAUCAGUUUGACUAAGAUGGCAACACAUUUCGUUGAUUUUGGCCUUUGCCAUCUGGAAGCUUUAAUUAAAACAAAUAAUUGUCAAAAAUCCACCUGCUCAUGGUUGCUACGAUCUUUUCAUGGUGUAGCAUUUGGAUCUUCUGCGUGGUCCAUCUCGACCAGAAUUACACUGCACAAGCUGAUGUAUCAUUUUGGACAUUGGUCCAAUCAAUAUUAACACGAGGAACAUGAAAGUACACUGAUGACCAUAAGGACUCUCUGUGCAUGCGGCAGAUGUGCAAAGAGAAUGUUCUAAGAAUAUGUAAGCUUUGAGAAUAUAAAUGUGCAUAUCUAUGCAUCAGUGUGUGUAUUGGAAAACCACCCAAGCCUCUCUCUCUCUCUCUCUCUCUCUCUCUCUCGCUUCCACACACACAAACAACAUAUGCACCAAAAGAAAAUUAAAACCGCUUGAAUUUUUAUUAGUUUCAGAUAAGUGACUCUAACUGGUUCAUUGCUUAAUUGAGU